UUUCUCUGGAAUGUACGAUUUUGACGACAGAUUCUUUGCCGAAAAUGCAGAUUUAAUGAGAUUCAGGGUAAUUCUCGAAGUUGGGAUUAGCUCCUCGACGCCAACAUUCUUAUACCUAAUAGAUAAGCAUCAUUGCCAAUCAGUAAAAGAGCUUAGGACAGAGAUUAUCAAGAACUUCUCAUUGACCAAAGACCACACGAUUCUUCUUUGGAAGCGGACAGACAUCAUCAUGGAUAUAGAAGCUGUUAUGCCAAAUGAUUUCCUCACAAUUCUUACCCAAAAAGAUUAUGAAAUCCUCCGUAGGAAGACCUGGACAAGAGACCAGAUCCAUAAGGAAGUUGAAAAACUCGAAAUCGGGCCUAAUAUCGCUUCAAAAGUGAGGAAAUUCAAUCUAGAUCCUCCUUCAAAGCGGAUCAAGCCAAAUGUGUUCCCACUCGAGUCACCUGGUGGUGAACUCGAAGAAGAUGAAUACACUUGCAGAGAGAUGGAGGUUUUUCAGGCAAAAGAUCACUUCAAAGGAAUAUCUGAGGACAAACUUCACCUGUGAUAUAUAGAGAAGAUAGAAAAGGUCGAUCCUACUAGACCUACUUCCAAAUACAACAGAGAGAAGCUUAAGCUGAAAGAGAUCAGCCCGAUGGUCAUGAAGAGAAUUAUGGAAGCCGAUGAUUCACAGUAUCAAACAAUUGACUGGGAGUUCUACUUUGCUGAAGAAGCACUCGAUAGUGUUAUCAAGAAAGCAAAAGAAAUAGCAAAAAAUAAAGGAUUUAAUCUGUGUGAGACCAGCUCAAAAUGUCUUUAUACUAAUGAGCUAAAGCUCCAAUGCACAAAGGCAGAGAUGGGAUGACAAUUUGAGUUAAUUUAUUUCAAAAAUGAUGUGAUUAACAAAUAUGAGAUGCAUGAUUGCAAGCUCCUACAUAACCAUGUUGUGACUCCUCCUAAGCAUGGGAAAUAUAACCUGGCCACUAAGAGAGUAUCCAAGAAAGUAACCCCAAUUGAAGAGUUAGAGAAGAGCGGAAAAUACAAGAACUAUCCUCUAUCUAGCAAUGAUGUGAUGAGAAUUGCAAAUGAAGCAAUUCAAGAGUCACUGUCUAAAACAAAGGAUUCUAAGAGCUUAGACGCACAGAAGGGGGAUAAGAUUUUGGUUAAAGAACGGCUUUUUCCCACUAAAGUUAAUAACCUUGAAGACCUACUUGGAGGCUCUUAUUGCACAGCUUAUAUCAAAGAGAUUAAGUAA